CCAUUUUAAAUUAAAAAUCAAAAUUUAUUUUUUAAUUCAAAAUUUUACAUUUUCAAGAAAAAAAUGCCACAAUCAUUAGCUAACACGAGUAUAGGACAACAAAACCCAUUUUUAUUCACAAAUUCCCUUAGAUUUGAACGGCAUUUUGCAUCUUCACCCAUGUGUCCAAGAUGCGAACAAGAUCAAGAGACUCCAUUGCAUCUACUAAGAGAUUGCUAUUAUUCCCGUCUGGCAUGGGAAUCUACACCUUUGCAAGCAAACUUCUUUAACUUGGACUUAGAUGGCUGGCUUUACCAAAAUGUAACUUCCACUUCUUCAACUGGAAAGCCUCUUCAGCUAUGGUCCAUGCUGUUCCUAGCCCUCCUUUGGUACAUUUGGAAGAGUAGAAAUGCUUUGAUCUUUGAAGACAAGUGGCUUCCACCCCAAAUUGUGCUUCAACAGGCUACUUCCUUAGCUAUGAACACCAGAUUAGCACUAGCUACACAAAUUUCAAGCCAUCCUCGAGUCUCUCGUUGUUUUAUGGCAGAGCUCUGGGGGUGCAGAGAAGGUUUGCGCAUGGCAUCUGAUCUCGGAAUCAUCCAUUUGAUCUUGGAAAUGGAUUCUCUUCUAGUGGUUCACAUGCUUCAGGCAAAGAAAGGGGUGGAAGGCUUAGCUUGGACCCUGUUUUCUGACAUUCUUCAUCUUCUAAGAACGUUUUCUGAGUAUCAUGUGCAGCAUACUUUUAGGGAGGGCAACUUUGCAGCAGAUUAUAUGGCUGCUAUUGGCCAAAACUUCUCUCAUGGUAUCACUGUGUUUCCAGAGCGUCCGGUCAAAAUUGACAAUAUUCUUAAUAGGGAUGCCUUAGGGACGUUGUUCCCUCGGUCUUAGUUUUUCUGCUUUGUUUUUUCAAAUCUUAUGUACCCAAAAAAAAUAAAACCCCAUUUUUAUU